UCAAACUUAUUUGAAUAUUUGAAGUAUUCCAUUACUGAUCUAGUUCAGUCUUUCCUGUGUGUUGCAAUGAACUGAAAUGUUGGUAAAUGUGUUUGUUUAGAAUCCGAAGAUAAUAAUUUAUUACAAAUAGUUCACGAUUUGCUACUUUUUUUUCAAAUUUCAAUAAUGGCUGAUGAUUAUGAACCUGACGACCCUGUUGGUGAUGAUUAUGAUGAUGCAGAACCAGAAGAUGAAGCUUUGGAUGAAAUUGAACAAACAGAAGAAGAUAAUAUAGAGCUACUAUCUGCUCCUGAACAUCAGCCACAGCUGAAUCAAAAGCGCAUCACAACUCCUUACAUGACAAAAUAUGAAAGGGCGAGAGUCCUAGGGACUCGAGCACUACAAAUUGCAAUGCAUGCUCCUGUGAUGGUAGAAUUAGAUGGAGAAACGGAUCCCUUGCAAUUAGCUAUGAAGGAAUUAAAGGUAAGAAAGAUUCCGAUCAUCAUCCGACGUUAUUUACCUGAUGGUAGUUAUGAGGAUUGGGGUGUAGACGAGUUGAUGAUCACAGAAUAAAGAUCAGCGAAUUGGCAUAAUCAUUACGUUAUUCAUUUUGUACAUAAGUUAUUCUCUUCAUGUUUAAUAAAAAAAAAUUUAAACAAGUA